UCUCUUCAACAAUAUCCCACCACUUUAUAAACAAAAUCUCCCAAUGAGGAAACAGCUAUUCUCCCAGAACUCAUUCAAGAUUUAGGUAUACCUAGUCUCCAUGGCUCAGGAACUUCACUACCCAUUAGACUCCAGCUCCUACAAAAUCUUGGACGAGAUUGGCGUUGGCGUUAGUGCCGUAGUCUACAAAGCAAUAUGUAUCCCCAUGAACUCUACUGUGGUUGCCAUUAAAUCCAUUGACCUUGAUCAAUCUCGAGCAGAUUUCGACAAUAUUAGAUGGGAAACCAAGACCAUGUCCCUUCUUUCACACCCAAAUAUCCUCAAAGCCCAUUGCUCAUUUACCAUCGGUCGCCGCCUCUGGGUCGUUAUGCCUUUCAUGUCUGCUGGUUCUCUUCAAUCCAUAAUUUCCUCAUCUUUCCCCGACGGUCUAUCAGAGCCAUGCAUUGCUGUCGUUCUCAAAGCAAUCCUACACGCGCUGUCGUAUCUUCACAACCAAGGCCACUUGCAUAGAGAUAUCAAGGCAGGCAACAUCCUUGUAGACUCAAACGGACACGUUAAGCUCGCAGACUUUGGCGUAUCAGCCUCGAUUUACGAGUCGAGUACAAGAGGAGGCUGGGCUUCAUCGUCUUGCUCAUCCAGAUUGUUGCUCACAGAUGUUGCAGGGACCCCAUAUUGGAUGGCACCUGAGGUUAUACACUCCCACACGGGGUACAGUUACAAAGCUGAUAUAUGGUCUUUUGGUAUCACCGCAUUGGAAUUGGCCCAUGGUCGACCUCCUUUAUCUCACCUUCCUCUUUCCAAGUCUUUGAUCAUGAGGAUAACAAAGCGGUUUCUGUUCUCUGAUUAUGAAAAUCACGAGAAAAAUCAGAACAAGAAGUUCUCUAAAGCUUUUAAAGAUAUGGUUGCUGCUUGUCUUGAUCAAGAUCCAUCAAAGAGGCCCUCUGCAGAGAAGCUGUUAAAGCAUCCUUUCUUCAAAAACUGCAGGGGCUCGGAUUUUUUAGUUAAAAACAUCUUGCAUGGGUUGCCCAGCGUUGAAGAAAGAUUCAAGGAAAGUAAGGCUUUACACGGAAUAACCACAGUUACUAAUAAUGGAGAAGAAGAAGAAGAAGAAGAAGAGGAGGGUACAGAAGGCGAAACCGGGAGUGAAAUUGUGAAGAUCAGAAGGAUCAGUGGCUGGAACUUUAACGAGGAGGGAUUCGAGCUUCGUCCAGUAUUCCCUACAGAGUCGAAAGACGAUUCAAUUGCGAAACAGGUUUGUGUCGGAAGUGAAACCAUCAGUCAUGAUAGGAAAACUGAGUUGGGCGAGUCAGGUGAUUCAGGAGAGUCAAGUGGGAGAAGCUCACCUGGCCGCGUAGCAGAGGAGAUGAAGCUGAAUCAUGAGCAUGGUGAAACUAGGAAGGGAGACAAAGGAAUUGAUAAAGAGACAAUGGUAGGCGGGCUAAUGGUAUUAAAGAGAAGUUUGGACGAGCAAAGGCAGAAGGUAGUGAACUUAAUUGGGAUGUUAGGAGGGAAAGUGUCGAGAGAAGAACAAUUACUGCAAGUGAUUGAGAGGCUUGGAAUGGAGUUGGAGAGUGAGAAGCAAAAGAACUUUGAUUUGGAGCUGGAGCUAGAGUCUAACAAGCAUCUAUUUUCUGGUGCUUAUAAUGAUUGUGAGACUGAAUGAUAGUUUUUCUGUGUUUGAUUUUCCUUUUA